AUGUCGGGAGCCGGACCCCCACAACCUCUGGACCCCGCCGCCUACGAGGACCGGUCCGGAGUUCCAAUCGCCGUCGUCACUGUCACGCUUAGUAUUGCUACACUCUGCGUAUGCCUUCGAUCCUAUGCCCGCGCGUAUCUCAUCCGCCAGUUUGGGCCGGAUGACUGGGCCGCCGUCGCAGCCCUAGUGUUUGCCAUGGGGAGUGGUAUUAUGGUGGCGUCGAACACACGAAAUGGCCACGGGAAACACAUGGCUGUCGUUGACCCUGCGUUGCUGGGACCUUACAUGCGGACCUUCUACAUCUCGAUUGUGCUGUACAACGCGUCGUUGACAGCCAUAAAAACCACCUUCCUACUCCAAUAUUACCGCAUUCUAGGGACAGGCGUCAUACGGACAAUCAUCAUUGUCGCCUUUUUUCUCAUCGGCCUUUGGUCGGUUUCGCAGCUUCUUGUUGUCGUCUUUACCUGCUCGCCGAUCCCCAAAUUCUGGACUCCAGAUAUGGAGGGGACAUGCAUCCCCAACCUACCGUUCUGGUACAUCAAUGCAGCGGGCAAUAUUGUCACGGAUGUGGCCGUUUUCCUGCUACCGCUCCCGGCGUUGAGCCGUCUUAAUCUUCGCAGGGGCCAAAAACUUGGUCUGCUGGGCGUCUUUUCGCUCGGGUUCUUCACCUGUGCCAUCUCCGUCAUCCGCAUCCAAUAUCUCAAGCUCAGCCCCGAUGUGACUUGGGACAACGUCGCCUCCUCCUGCUGGUCCAUCGGCGAGCUCUGCUCGGGCAUCACCUGCGCCUGCCUGCCCACCCUCCGCCCGCUCAUUACGCGCUGCCUACCAGGGCUACGCUCUCAAAGCGAACAGAGCGGCGGCAACCAAUAUGGCAGCACCCCCUACAGCAGCGACAAACGCUCCGGCCGGCGCCGCCGUGGUCGUCACAACCAGAGCGAGCUGUCCACCACGCUUCAGACCAUCGGCUCGGCGGGUACCAGUCGAUUCAAGAAGCGCAGCACCGACGAGGAAGAGGCCGCCAGCAGCCGCGGCAUUAUCUACCCGGAGGACGUCGAGCUGCAAAGUGACGACCGCUCCGACAAGGGCAUCCGCUCGAACGCCGUCGAGGACGCCUACCACGACCCGUACGGCCACGGCGGCCAUCCCAUACAACAAAACAUCGCCCCAAAUGAGUCGCAUAGCACGUAUGCGCGUACUAUGGACAAGCUCAAGCUUGGGCUCAAGUCUACCGUGCAGACGGAGAUUCGAGUUGGGUCGGCAGGCGGCGGUCGGCCAGGGGAAGAGACACCAUGGUCGGCGGCGGAUCGCGGGAUCGAGGUGAAAAGGGAUUUCGUGCUGACGUCGAGUGCGCAGCGUCGGAUACCUUAA